CUCAUCUACAGAUCUCUCUCAAAAAGCAGGCACAUGCCUUUGGUAAGGUACAUUCCCGGAGAGGAGAACCGCAACUGGAAAGCUUCAAGGAUCAGGAAUAACAAGGGAGGACCUGGCGGGAAGCAAAGUGGAGGAGAAUUUGGAAGCAGGUGGAAGAAGAGACUUCCAUGUUGCUUAGUUUGGGACCAUUUGAUUGGGACAGAUCCACAAGAAAUUAAGCAGGAACCAGAUGAGGGGCUCCAGCAGGGUGGGAAGCCUAGUGGCAGGUGUUCCUGGAGACAACAUAGGGCCCUAGGCACAGAGACAAAAACUCAUCGCUGCCUCGAUCCCAGUCAGGAUUGAGAACACUAAAGACUUCCUGUCCACCUUGACUGGUGCCAGGCUGCGGCCUAGGGGGGAAAAGGUGACCCAGGCCUUGGAAGGCAUCAGUGGAGAAACCCAAGAGGCCCAUGAAAAGCCAGAUUCUAUGGUGGAAGUGAAGAAAGAGAGUCUGGAGGAGGAGGAAGACUCAAAGAUGGAACAUCAGCAUUCCAGGCACUUUGGAUACCAUGCGAGCAAGGGAUCCCAUUUGGACAGGAACUUUGGGUAUUUGGGGCUGAAGCCAGGGAGAUCUACAAAGCAGAGCCUGGGGGAUGCUGAUUCUGGACCGGUUCAAUCUCGCUGUCCAUCUUGAGCCACUACACUAGCUACACCCAAGGGCCUCCAUUUGCAUUAUGCCAGGAUGCCCAUCAUGUAGAGCCUCCCACACAUGAUGUCUCAACGCAGUGGGAAUCAUAGAAUAGUAGAGUUGGAGGGGGCCUAUAAGGCCAUCAAGUCCAACCCUCUGCUCAAUGCAGGAAUCCAAAUCAAAGCAUUCCCGACAGAUGGCUGUCCAGCUGCCUCUUGAAUGCCUCCAGUUUCGGAGAGCCCACUACCUCUCUAGGUAAUUGGUUCCAUUGUUGUAUGGCUCUAACAGUUAGGAAGUUUUUCUUGAUGUCCAGUCGAAAUCUGGCUUCUUGCAACUUGAGCCCAUUAUUCCGUCUCCUGCAUUCUGGGACAAUCGAGAAGAGAUCCCGGCCCUCCUCUGUGUGACAACCUUUCAUGUACUUGAAGAGUGCUAUCAUAUCUCCUCUCAGUCUUCUCCAGGCUAAACGUGCCCAGUUCUUUCAGUCUCCCAUAGAGAUUUGUUUCCAGUCCCCUGAUCAUCCUUGUUGCCCUUUUCUGAACCUGUUCCAGUUUGUUUGCAUCCUUCUUGAAGCGCGGAGAAAUGAACUGGACUCAGUACUCAAGAUGAGGCCUAACCAGUGCUGAAUAGAGGGGAACUAAUACUUCACGUGUAUGAGUACUCUGUUUGCCCAGAGGGAGAGGGUGCCCCAGACCUUGGCAGGUGUCAUUGGAGAACACCAAGUGGCCUAUGAAAGCCUGGAUUUUACUGUGGAAGUGAAGGCGGAGACUCUGGAUCAAAGGAGAUUCCACAUCUUCCUGCGUAUUGCUAUCCGAAGUAUGCAACCUGGCCCUCAUAGAGUUGGUGAUCAAAGGAGAUUCCACAUCCGAAGUAUGCAACCUGGCCCUCAUAGAGUUGGUGGUCUACCUGAAUCCCAUACUGUGGCAUAUUGUAAUACGCACCUAGGACUUUCCAUAGUUAGCGAUCAAGAUGGAUUCCAGGCUUCUGUAUAUCUUCCCAUACAAUCUGGACAUUGCACAGUUUGUGGUCAAGGUGGAUCCCCGGCAGUUCCGUAUUUUACUUUUCAGAGUCGAUGGCCAAGAUGGAUCCAUUUCCAAGGCUACAGCAUGUUUUACCAUGCAAUCAGGAUGUUUCACUGUUGGUGGGCAUCUUAUAAUCUCCAAACAAACCUCAGAUUUAUUGGUCAAGGUGGAUCCCCGGCAGUUCCGUAUUUUACUUUUCAGAGUCGAUGGCCAAGAUGGAUCCAUUUCCAAGGCUACAGCAUGUUUUACCAUGCAAUCAGGAUGUUUCACUGUUGGUGGGCAUCUUAUAAUCUCCAAACAAACCUCAGAUUUAUUGGUCAAGGUGGAUCCCCGGCAGUUCCGUAUUUUACUUUUCAGAGUCGAUGGCCAAGAUGGAUCCAUUGCAUGUUUUACCAUGCAAUCAGGAUGUUUCACUGUUGGUGGGCAUCUUAUAAUCUCCAAACAAACCUCAGAUUUAUUGGAAGUUCUGCUCCUGUCCAGGCCGAGAUCCGGUUAGAGAUAAACUGAGCCCCUUCGGGAGAGCUUUUGGAAACCUUGGACCAGAGCAAUGCCAAUGAAGAAUCAACUUUAUGCUGAAAUCAAUGCUUUGCUUCUAUUACUUGUUCAAUCCACAAUGUCUGAGGCUAAGCAAAGAGGAAAGCUGCAAGCACUUCUAUGCAAAGUCUUUACCAUUCUCCUUCCAAAACUCAGGGAACUCCAGGAGCAAUAGAAUCAUGUAACGUUGCCUUAUUGUUAUUUUGAUGGUUAUUUCAGUCCAUUCCAAUUCAGUGGGAUUUCCUCGAGUCCUGUAUAAAAGGGCUUUUAGGGGGGGAAAUAGAAAUGAGACACAUUAUUUAUCCCAAUCCGGGUGCAGGUCUGGUUUGGGGACUACCUUAGUGGAUGACUUGUGGAGGUGCAUCCUUUUUGGACUUAGUGGAUUCCAUACCAUUGGCCAAAGCGUCCUUCUUGGGCAUCUGUCUGGAAGAGGAAAUGGGAGGAAAUAGGAAGCUACCUUAUACCGAGUCAUACCAUUCGUAAGUGUUGUCUACGGUACACUGACUGGCAGCGGCUCUCUGGGGUUUCAUACAGGGAGUCAUUCUCAACCUUACCUGGCGAUGCCAGGACCAAACCUGGGACCUUCUGCAUGCAAAGCAGCUGCUGUACCACUGAGCCGUGGUGGUUCCAUCUGACAGAUCCCAGAAGAUGAGGCCCCGUGGCCAAUGCCCUCGAGGUUCAUUUGGGUUCCAUACUGACCCCUGUACUAUUUAACAUCAACAUGGAACCACUUGGAGAGGUCUUUUGGGGAUUUGAUCCCAUGAACAUGUUGACGACACACAGCUCUCCUUUUGCUUUCCAUUCUAUGCAAAGAAAGCUGUAAAGGUUCAGAUUCUAUGUUUGAGCACAGUGGUGGGAUUGUGCGUUGGCUAACAAACAGACUUAAUUCAUACAAGACAUACAAGACAGUUGGUCCGUAGGAAAGCUGAUCCAGAAUUAAGCAUACAACCUACAGUGGAUUGGAUUGCACUCUCUUUGAAGUUUGGGGGGGGUUACAAUUGGAUCUGUCUUUCUGUUUGAAAAUAAUGAGUCAGAAAAAUAAACUCUGGAUGGGUUAUGUGUGUAUGUGCCCACUCCUCCCCCAACUCAUAUUUAGCAAUAGACCAAAGCAAGCUCACAUGUGGUCUUUCCACUAGGUGGAGACAGUAUUCUGUAUAUUCAUGUGAUGCAAAUGGAGUGUGUUGUUGCCCAAUUGUAUGUCAUGAUCGCUGCUUUUUACAACCAAAUCCCAAUGUUAAUACACAGCCUGAACAACUGCAAUGUAACAUACUGAAUUUGCGCUAUUGUAGUUUCUAUGAGUAAGUAAAAUGAUGUAUGUUAAUAUUUAUAUCUUAUAUUUUCUACUUGCAAACGCUGGAUUUUGCAACCCAGCCCCCCCCUUUAUUGGGCUCUAAGAAAAUUCUUGCUCUUAAAAGAGGAAUUAUUUUUCAAAAACCUUUAUUGCUGGAACUUCUGCUGACCUCAGUGACCCAGAGAUGGUGGUGGGUCUGUAGCAGUUCUUGGUCACUUAGAUUCUGUUUUUCUGUUGUGGUUUCUUUUUAUAUCUUUAAGCUCAGAUGUGAAUUUUCAGUGGACCUUAGUGUGUGUGCGGAUAGAUGCAAUGUGGUUAUAAAUUUCUACAUGCCAAGGUUGCUCCUUAGGAUAUAUACCACUGGAAUGUUACAAACACUUUAUGUUGUCCUUCUCAUCAAAUAACCUGUUUCAACGUUUACCUUCUUGGAGGGGGGUUUACAUCUGUGCCCUUUCAUGGAAGGAGCAUUAAUACUGUGACAGAACACUUACGGGGCAACAUUGCAAAAUAUAAUCUUUUUGUCACAUGCUUUUUCUUUACAAAAAUAAAAUGGUUCUCUCUUGCCAA